UUCCCUAUCAGCAAAACCCCUACACCCCUGGGAGCAGCUCCACCGUCAUCCAGUGCUACCGCUGCGGGGACACCUGCAAGGGAGAGGUGGUGCGUGUCCAGAGCAAUCACUUCCACAUCCGCUGCUUCACCUGCCAAGUGUGCGGCUGCGACCUGGCCCAGUCGGGCUUCUUCUUUAAGAACCAGGAGUACAUCUGCACCCACGACUACCAGCAGCUCUACGGGACUCGCUGUGACAGCUGCGGGGACUUCAUCACCGGAGAGGUCAUCUCCGCCCUGGGGAGGACCUACCACCCCAAGUGCUUUGUCUGCAGCACCUGCAGGAAGCCAUUCCCUAUCGGAGACAAGGUCACAUUCAGUGGGAAGGACUGUGUCUGCCAAAACUGCUCCCAUUCUCUCAUCAGCACCAAACCCAUCAAGAUCCAUGGGCCCAGCCACUGCGCAGGCUGCAAGGAGGAGAUCAAGCAAGGCCAGUCCCUUCUGGCCCUGGAGAAGCAGUGGCACGUCAGCUGCUUCAAGUGCCAAACGUGUGGGAUCAUCCUCACCGGCGAGUACAUCAGCAAGGAUGGCGUCCCAUACUGUGAGUCCGACUACCAUGCUCAGUUUGGCAUCAAGUGCGAGACCUGUGACCGGUACAUCAGCGGCAGGGUCCUGGAGGCAGGAGGGAAGCACUACCACCCCACCUGUGCCAGAUGUGUCCGCUGCCACCAGAUGUUCACGGAAGGGGAGGAGAUGUACCUCACAGGCUCUGAAGUGUGGCACCCAAUCUGCAAGCAGGCAGCCAGAGCAGAGAAGAAGCUAAAGCACAGAAGGACGUCAGAAACCUCCAUCUCACCCCCUGGUUCCAGCAUCGGCUCCCCGAACCGUGUCAUCUGCGCUAAAGUGGAUAAUGAGAUCCUUAAUUACAAAGACCUGGCAGCUCUCCCCAAGAUUAAAGCCAUCUAUGAAGUGCAGCGUCCUGACCUCAUUUCCUACGAGCCCUAUCACAGAUACACGUCGGAUGAGACGCUGGAGAGAUAUAGCUAUGGGGAGUCCCUGGGGACCCUCUCCCCGUACUCGCAGGACAUCUAUGAGAGCUUUGACAUGCGGCAGAGGCGAGCCUCCAGCCCUGGCUACAUUGACUCCCCCCCCUACAGCCGCCAGGGCAUGUCCCCCACCAUCCCAAGGUCCCCCCACCAUUUCUACCGCUCAGGCACCGAGAGCGGGCGCAGCUCCCCCUACUAUAGCCAGUUAGAUGUGAGGUCCUCCACUCCAACCUCAUACCAAGCGCCCAAGCAUUUCCACAUCCCAGCUGCCGGCGAGAGUAACAUCUACCGGAAACCCCCCAUCUAUAAGCGACACGACAACCUCCCUGCAGCCACAAAAAGCAAAACCAGUGAAGACAUUGCACAGUCAUCCAAGUAUAGCCCUGCCUACUCCCCGGACCCAUACUACCACUCCGAGUCGGAGUACUGGUCCUUCCAAGGCUCCCCCAAAGCCCCCCGGGCCCGGAGGUUCUCAUCAGGAGGCGAGGAGGACGGGUACGACCGGGGCAUGCACAAGAUCCAGAGCGGCAUCGGCAGGCUGAUCCUGAGGGAGGAGAUGAAGGCUCGGUCCAACUCCUAUGCAGACCCCUGGACACCCCCUCGCAGCUCGGCCAGCAGCAGAGAAGCCCUGCACACAGCUGGCUACGAGGGCUCCCUCAAUGGCUCUCCCCGGACGCACUACCUGGCCGACAGCGAUCCCCUUAUUUCUAAGUCAGCCUCCCUUCCUGCCUACAGGAGGAACGGGCUGCACAGGCCUCCCAGUGCUGAGCUUUUCCACUACGACAGCACGAAUGCCGUCAACUGGGGGAUGCGAGAGUACAAGAUAUACCCCUACGAGCUGCUCCUGGUGAAGACAAGGGGGAGGAACCAGCUGCCCAAAGAUGUGGACAGGACUCGGUUAGAGCGCCACCUCUCCCAGGAGGAGUUCUACCAGAUCUUCGGCAUGACCAUCGCCGAGUUCGACCGCCUGGCCCUGUGGAAGAGGAACGAGCUGAAGAAGCAGGCCCGGCUGUUUUAAAUGCAGUGCACUAUAAAUAUAUACAUACCUAUAAAUAUAUACAUAGAAAGAUCUCUAUAUUGCAGCUCUGUAUGAUUCUCAGUGCUGUACGUGGCAGAGGCGCCCUCUGCACCCCUGAGAGUGAAUUGGAGUCUCACAGAU